AUGGCUGCUUUGGGACACACAUUCCCCUUCUACGCUGGCCCCAAGCCGAACUUCCCAAUGGUCACCACCUUGGCCGUCAUCAUCGCUGUCUUUCUGACUUCACCGGUCACCUUCAUCAUCAUCCUGCCAGGCAUUCGGGGCAAGAUGAGGCUGUUCUGGAACCUGUGAGUAGUGACCAGCUUAUUCAUUGGGGCUGUAAUCCUGGCCAUGAAUUUCAGUUCUGAGUGGUCUGUAGGCCAGGUCAGCACCAACACAUCAUACAACGCCUUCAGUUCCGAAUGGAUCAGCACCGCUGUUGGGCUGCAGAUUGGGCUGAGAGGAGUCAACAUCACGCUCACAGGGACCCCAGUGCAGCAGCUGAACGAGACUGCGGUUUACAACAAGGAGUUCACCUGGCGCCUGGGGGAGAACUACGCCGAGGAGUAUGCAAAGGCAUUGGAGAAGGGGCUGCCAGACCCUGUGCUCUACCUGGCCGAGAAGUUCACCCCACACAGCCCAUGUGGCCUGCACGGCCAGUACCACCUGGCGGGACACUACACCUCGGCCACACUGUGGGUGGCAUUCCUCUGCUGGCUGCUGGCGGAUGUGAUGCUGUCCAUGCCUGUGCUGGUCUAUGGUGGCCACGUGCUGCUGGCCACGGGUGUCUUCCAGCUGUUGGGACUGCUCUUCUUCUCCACGGCCAUGUCACUCACCCCGCCCUGUCCCCUACGCUUGGGCACUGCCACACUGCACACUCACCGUGGGCCUGCCUUCUGGAUCACAUUGACCACAGGACUGCUCUGUGUGCUGCUGGGCCUGGCCAUGGUGGUGGCCCACAGGCUGCAGGCUUCCUUCAGCCAGUGUGGAGAGGACCCUGUCCUGGAGUGGGAUCCUGAGGAAGGGCGACCCCUGAGCCCUCGCUACAGGUGCACAGCUGAGAGUCCCGAGCCCCAGGACAUUCCUCUGUCAGAGGCUUCCUCUGAGCCCCCUCAGCUGGGCCAGCAGAGGGGGAUCCCACAGGGCCAGCGGGGGUGGAGGUGCGGGGGAAUGACCUGCCUGGUCACUGCUACCAUCCACUUGGAGCAGCUCAGGAAGAUGCAGGCUCCGAUUGGUUCUUCUCUGGGCUCACUAGAGGGCACCCUCUCCCAGACCCUUUCCCCGGUUACUCUGCAUUCUUCAGACACAGAGAAUCCGGCGUCUGUGGCAAAGCAGAGAAAGAGUGCGGCACAUCUGAGGCCACCGGCCUUUCACCGCCACGCCCCCAGCGCAGUGCCCUCCCGGAGCUCCCCAGGCCCGGUGGGCACUGCUCCCCAGCCUGCGGGGGACCAAGGCAGAGUAGGAGUCCGAGGUUGA